GAAAUUAGUCGUUAUCUAGGUUGAUUCAAGCUUUUUUUAGACAUAAUUUCAUAAUGUUACAUAACAUUGUAGUACUUCACAGCAAUCUGAUAAUGAAUGCUGUAUCCAUUGUUGUAAUUAUUUGUUGAAAAGCUCAAAUCGACGGUGUGUAUUUCAAAUAUCAACAAGGCUUAGCGCUAGAAGGAUAGCCCUAACACCCACAGACGGUGGGUGUAGUCAUGACUCCCUGGCUUCCUGCAACAUUGCAACAGAUGCAAACCAUACAUCCAAUUCUCCAAGUAUCCUAUUACACCAUUUCUGCCUUACAUUCAGCUGACAGUUCCGGCUGUGCAACUGGAGAAAACACACCAGCACAAACAAAUAAACAAACAAACACACCCACCGAUUACAAUAUCUCCAUUCUCACGGAGUUAAUAUAAAUAGUUGACUUGGAAAUGCUAUGGUCUUGAUUUCUUUUGUGGUAGAUACUGUAGCUUGUGAUAUAAGGAAGAAGUGGUGUAUGUUUGGGCCUCCUAGUAGCUUGCUCUGAAACUGCAGAGACAUUUGUGUCAAAAUCUUCCAAAGAGAAUAACGGAAAAAAUAACGACAGAUUUCCUUUAUAGACGUUGUGAUUCAUCAACCCAUCUUUCUGCCUCAGUAUGUCCCGUGGAAUGGUCGGUGUUCAAUGGAAAGUGUUACACGGUUUUCAACGAAAAACGGACGUACAGCCAAGCGACGGAAGUCUGCAGCGACCACGGCGGACGUCUGGCAAUGGUCAAGGACUCGGCAACGAACACUUUCCUCAAGACGCUGUCCUCGGACCACAGAUGGUUUGGCUUAAGUGACCAGGACACUGAAGGCCAGUUCCUGUGGGAGGAUGGGACGAGUUUGGCGUCCACAGGGUUCACCGACUGGGGUAGAAGAGAGCCAAACGGUGGGACUGGCGAAAAUUGUGUCCAGUAUUGGGGGCAGUAUAGUUGGAAUGAUCGUGGUUGCAACGAACCUCUGGGGUUUACGUGUGAAGUGCAAGCCUGCCCAGUCGGAUACAGUCCGCAUGGAGGAUUCUGCUACAAAGUUUUUGAAGAACUACAGACUUACGAUGGAGCACGUCAAGUGUGUGCGUCGGAUUCCGGCACGCUUGCCAUUAUCAAGGACCUUGUCACCAACGACUUCUUAGUCGGCCUGACUACAGAGGGUGGUGCCUUUUACAUAGGUCUGAACGAUAUGAACGCUGAGGGACAGUUCCGUUGGGAAGAUGGCACCGUGUAUGAUAAUGGCACAGACUUUAGUAACUGGGCUCAGGGAGAGCCGAACAACUCUGGCGAGCAAGAUUGCAUCAAGAUCUCCCCUGGUGGCCGUUGGGGCGACGUUGAAUGUGGGAUCAUUAGGAAAUUCAUCUGCCAGAUAAACCGUGGUUAGUACUAGAUGAUCAGUAAAGUUACAAACAGCCUGAUAUCCUUGGUAGUGUAGAGCAAGAGAGUGUAAGAUAAUGAAUAUUGCUGUUGUCUAGUACUAGUACUUUUUGCUGCACAUUGUACGUUGUAAGAUUGUCAAG